UUGGGCUGCAGCAAUCAUCUUCCCAUCCUCAAACUGCAGAUUCUUCACCAGCAGCUGCACAUAAUGGAGAAAUGUUCAUAAACUCAUCCUCUUUAAUAUAAUACAAUUAUAAUACUUUUUUUUUCCCUUUUUUUUUUUUUUUUUUUUUUUUUUUUACAGCAGGAGAAAAUCAUAUCAUCCAAAACUACAUAAAACAGGCAUUCUUUGUUUCGCCACUAGGCUUGUUUAUGUGUUUGAUUCUUGAGCAGAGGACUAGAGUCACGUAAAGUUAUUUUUAAAAAGAGUAUCUUUGCAAACAAAUAUUGAAAACAAAAGCAACUGAAACCUCUCAUGUAUAAAAGUAUGCAGACUCUUAAUUCUGGACUUAACAGAAGCUUAUGUGGCAGCGAUGAUGCUGUGAAUCUUCCUGGGUAAACACGUACAAGCUUUACACACUGGCAGGUUGGACAAGUGUCUGUGAACUGCCAUCUUCAGGUCUCUUCAGGAUCUAGGCUUUCAAUGGUAAGUGUCAUUUUGGCAGUAGGCUUCAGGUCAUUGUUGCUAUGAAAGAUUGACUGCUGCUCCUGCCUCAAGUGUCUCACACUACAGGAAGAUUCUGCCAAGGACUCCUAUCUAUUUGGCUAAAUCAUCUUCUCUCAACUUUGCACUGACUCGUUUUGACAUGCAAGUCUGUUGGUAAGUCAUUUUUUCUUGGAAAUAAUCAAGAGGGAUGAUAGUGAUGAUAUCUGAGUUUGAAUUAUUCGAUAUUGAGAUAGUUUCUUUAUUUAUUCUGUGGGAAAUUUGGUAAAGACAUCACAAAAGUGCAUUCUGAUGCUCCUGCAUUUUGUUUGACUCAUUAUCAUUUUAGGUUUUUGCCAUUUUAGGCUGUCCACAAAAAAAGAAAUGCGACUGGUUCCCAUCGUUCGCUUUAAAGAGCCGGUCAAUAGAUUCGGUUCGUUCGCGAACAUAGCAUCUCGAGUAGCAGGUAAGGAGCGAAAAUAAUCCUCGAGUCGCAGGAUGGCGACAAGUACGCUUCAGUCAUUCAACGCUUUCUUGACGGAAAGAUUAACCGCAGCUGCGGUAGACAUCUACGGCUUCGUUGAAAAGGCAGUGAUCCAGUACCAAGAGGAAGUGGACCGAAUCACGCUGGAGAACCAGAGGCUGCAGAGGCUGCUGGAUCUGGUCUACAAACCGGAGAUAAAACUGCACAGGGCGGAUGUCAAACAGCCAACUGAGUCGACAUGCUUAGAGGACAUUCCUCUUAAACAGCAAGAGUGGAACCAGAGCACGUGCCAGGAUGAGCCCGGAUACUCCCAUGUUAAAGAAGAGCACAGGAAGGGACUGUGGAUAAAUGGAAGCGAGGAGCAAUCUUUAGUGGAGGACAGCGACGAUGGGGAUGCCCUGACAAAAGAACUUAUCAAAACAGUGCAGCAGUUGGAGGACUGCAGAGCGGAAGAAGAGAGCAGAGAGACUAAGCAAACAUCUGAGGACGGUCCAAAGCUUUUCAAAGAGAUGACAAGCACUACCUUGUAUCGCUGCCACAUUUGCAACUACAUAUUCACCAAAAAGACUGUGCUAACAUGGCACCUCAAGACGCAUGAGAGCAAGUCACAAGACAGCAAGGGCAACUUCGACUGUCACAUCUGUGGCAAACACAUCCCAGGUCAGAGCAACCUGCGAAAUCACAUGCGAGUGCACACAGGGGAGAGACCCUACCGCUGUCAUUUUUGUGGCAAGUGUUUUAAACUGAAAGGACACAUGACCGAACACAUAAGGACUCACACAGGAGAGAAACCUUUCAGCUGCCACAUCUGUGACAAAUCCUUUAACAGGGGUUCCACUCUGAGGAAACACGUUCUGGUCAAACAUAAAGAGGAAAGGCCCUACAAAUGUGGGGAUUGUGAUGAGUUAUUUACAGAGAGGCUGCUGAUGAAGAGACACAUGAGAAAGAUUCAUGGCAUCCAACUGUCUACGAGUUAAAGUCUGGCCUGAGAGACCUUCAGAGCAGAUAUCAUUAAUGAUCUAUGUUGCAUGUAGUGUAAAAUCUGAGUAGAGAACAGGGCUUGGUAUCUUGUCAAAUUCUUGCUUUAACAGUUUUGAAGGAACUAUGGAAUUAUUUUUUACAGGAAGCCAAACUGUUGUCUAAACAUAAAAAAGCCACCCAAAAGCUUAGAACUGAUAAAAUCACAUAGACGUACAGUCCAUCUUCAGACAUGAGACUUUCAUUUAAGUGUUACUUUGAUCUCAUUCAUCAACAAAACAUUUUCCCAAUAGCUUUCUGUAUUGUCCACAUGAUGUUAGAUAGAUUUUUUAAACUAAGCACAGAAAUAAACAACAGACAAGUCUCAUACAUUGAUAAGAAACACUACUAGACAGAUGGACUCUACUUUAGCCUUGUAAGGAACUUGUAAGUCUACAGGAUUCCACAGGCAUUUGCACCUUGCAGAUAUGUAAUAUUGUCUAAUUUUACUGAAUAACAAAUACCACAGCAUAAUAUUUCUGUUUUAUUGGUUUGGGAAUCCUAAAGUAAGGUGAACUGUACCAUGCACCAUGCAGAAGGUUUUCUUCAUGGAGCUCUCUAAUUUCUAUUCUGCCCAGAGCUUUCACUAUAACUGGUGGGACUUUAUAUUGACAAAUCAUUCAAUGAAUGCCCCGGUGGUCCCUGCACAUCAAUAGGCUUGAAUCCUUCUAUUCAGAUGAGAAAUUGGUAUUUAAUUGUAAACAUGACAGAUGUAUUCCUUUUACAAAUAAAACUAUAAAAAACUGUUUGUCUGGGUUUGUCUGGAAUCCUCUUGUCCCCUGGUUA